AUGAUGUCUGCGGCCUGCAUGCCCGACAGCCUCAGCGCCUCCGAGUCCAGCAGGUCGGCCUUCCUGGGGUUCGGACCCGCACCGCAGCCCUCCCCCGGCCUCCCCCACCUCUACCCCGUCCACGGCUUGCACGCGGUCGGCCAGUGUCAGCACCAGGCUCCCUUCCCUCCCACUGGCUCCCCCUACGGCCGCUGCUCCUACCCCGGCCCGGGCAACCCUUACCCCCCGUCCACCUACCUGCCCCACCUGCCCCACCAGCAGACCUGCAGCUCAGAGGACUCAGCGCAGAGCAGACUAGAGCAGAGCAGAGCAGAGCAGAGCAGAGCAGUAGAGGAGAGACCGCCGCGUGCUGGCGGGAAGGGGAAGAAAGUGCGCAAGCCGCGCACCAUCUACUCCAGCCUGCAGCUGCAGGCGCUGCACCAGCGCUUCCAGCACACCCAGUACCUGGCCCUGCCGGAGCGCGCCGAGCUGGCCGCCACGCUGGGCCUGACCCAGACACAGGUGAAGAUCUGGUUUCAGAAUAAGCGUUCCAAGUAUAAAAAGAUCAUGAAGCACAGCAGCGGACCUGAAGGUGAACACCUCCACAGCUCGUCCUCCAUCUCGCCCUGCUCUCCCGGGUUAAACCAGCUCUGGGACGUGUCACUGGCGAACAAAGGGACUCCGGUCCAUCCAAACUCUUACAUGAACAACUUUGGUCACUGGUACCCGAACCAGCAGCAUCACCAUCAUGAUGCUGGGCCCAGACCCCACAUGAUGUGA